AAAGAAAAAAGACAAGUCAUCGUCGUUCCCUCGGUACAACUUGACUAUUGUCUUCUCUCGCCCGUCGGUUGUUCUUGUGCAACGACAUGAUGAGGUUCUUUUCCACAACGCCACCGGCGCCACCGCGCAACCCAACCGAUUACGUUGUCCCGGUCGGUUAUUUCGACGACACUUUUCUCUUCAAAACAUUCGUCAUGUACACGGUUUUUGUGUUUCCCGAAGUACUGGAGACACAAAAGCUCCGUGAUUCCCUUGAGAGCGUAGUACGCCGCCCCGGCUGGAACAAGCUAGCAGCCAGGCUACGAAAGAAUGACCGGGGAGAGCUUGAACACCAUAUACCUCAAAAGUUUUUGCACGGCCAGACACUUAUUAGCUACGAUCAUGUUGACCAUAGCAACGUAGACAUAGCCUAUCACCCAGCUGGGUCACGGAUUCCUCGUCCGCCGUCUGAUGGCAAACCUGCAGUUGUAGGAAACCCUGACGAUUUGCUUGGAUUCAUUCACGGCCCCAAUACCCCAAGAGGGCUCCAUGACUAUCUCUACUCGGACCGAUCUGAGCUAGGUCUUCGCAUCGUGUCAUUUAAGGACUCUACGGUUAUUGUGUUGCACUGGAUACACCUGGCAUUUGACGCCAUGGCGAAAAGGUCGCUCCUAGAAGCUUGGUCCCUUGCUCUGAAGGGCGAACACUACAAGAUACCAGAGCCUCUCCUCCCGAACAGCUACCCACUAGAGGACCUUGGCAAAACUAAUGCCACGCCUCACGUGCUUGUUGAUCGAAGAAUGUCUGGGUUUGGCGUUGCGUUGUGGGUACUACGAAAUAUUUACCGCCUUGUAUUUCGCAGCAAGGAACAUCGUAUGGUCUGUGUACCAGCCGAGUUCUUAGCGAAACUGAAAGAAAAGGCUUUGAAAGAGAAUGAUUUGGAAGAGCCCGACGAAGGAACGGCUUUCCGGGUACCAGUAGAAGAGCCAUUUUUGAGCGACGGCGACGUUCUCCUUGCGUGGAUUACGCGCCUGUCCUUGUCAAACUUUCCAGAAGACUCCAAGAGAUUGGUCGCUGUGCAGCAGGCGUACCAGUGGCGGUCUGUCCUCAAGGAUCUCUUGCCGUCUGACAAGCCGUUUCUCUGCAACUGCGUUGGCUUCCUCGUCACCCUUAUGCCUGUCAGCGACGUCUUGAAGAAGCCACUUGGUCACUUGGCCUCAGCAAUCCGCCGCUCAGUCAAAGAGCAAGGAACCCGCGAGCAGGUCGAAGCCUACAGCUCACUUGUCAGACAAGACCCCAGAGCCAAGGCGCCGCCUUUCUUUGGUCGCAGUUCGAUGCAGUUAUUGAUGUUUUCCAACUGGCAAAAGGCCAAAAUUUACGGUUUCGAUCUAUCAGGUGCUGCUGUCCAGCCGCGGCAGACACCAUUGUUCCCUUCUUAUGUGCAAACUAUCCAGGGGCCUUACGACUUCACUGAUGGAAUCAUUGUUGUGGGCAAGGAUGAGCACGAGAACAUUUGGCUUUCUGGCCAUAAGGUGAAAGGGGAAUGGAGUGUCAUAGAGAGAAAGAUGAGGGAGGACAUUUGUGGAGAGCGAGAAAGAACCUAGUAACUUAUCAGCCGAAUGACUAGUAGACGUUCUGGAUGUGUCCGUCUUUAGCUCCUAGUAUGGUGUAUCUUGUAAGCUUUCAUACUUGGUUGGCAACGCGCU